AUGACUCGUUCGUUGUCAAUCAUCUUGUUCGCAGCAGUGGCAGCAGUGGCCAUGAUGGCCUCUCAAACAGUGGACGCUCAGGCGAGUAAGCCCCAGUGCGCACCCAUCCACGCGCUCUACAAGACCUUCACCAACCCGUGUACCAAGGACGGCUCCCUUAUUCCCAACUCUGAUGCUGAUCCGCGGUGGCUCCUUUGUGUCUGCAAGCCAGGAUUCUUCCCAGUCGCGCAGGCAGCCGAAAGUUGUGUCUUGACCGGCGUCACUCAGGAACCUUCGGUCACCGCCGCAGGACUGGACACCAUCUGCAAAGGCACCGCCAACUACACCGCCGCAGAUAAACAGACCCCCCCUGCAGAAUUAUCCACCGCCGUCGCCUCGGCCUCUGCCCUGGCUGCUGCCCUGCCCACAGCCACCGCUGGUGCUGGUGAUGAUAUUUCUGGCGGCAGCGCUUCUGGAGGAUCGGGUACUUCUGGAGCCUACAAGAUGGCGGAUGGGUCUUUGUCUGUGGUCAUGGUUGGCAUGACUGCCUUUGCUGCUGUCGUGCUGGCCACUGCUGCUGCCUUCUAA